GUGAGGGAGGCGGGACGGGACGGGGCAGGGCCUGGGCCCGGCGCUGGGCCGAGCGACGCCCCGUGGAGCGGCGGCCGGAAAUGCGGCAGCAGCGGCGGUUGCAUGAAGACGCCGCGAGCAUGUCUUCGGAGGAGUUCGAGAAGCUGCACGAGGCGUACGGCGCUGUCAGCGCGGAGCUGGCGAGCCGCUGCGAGCAGAUGGCCGGGCGCUCGGGAGAUCAGAAAAGAUUUCUACGGGAAAUAGAUGAAAAGGUGGAGGAAGCAAAUGAAAUUUUGGAUGGAAUGGAAAAGGAAUUGAGGAAUGCACCAUCAUCAUUUCGUAAUCAGAUGAAUAUCAAAAUCCGAUCAUACAGAAAAGAUGUCAUCAAGCUACAGCGUGAUGCAAGAAAUGUCAAUACUGGAUAUGGAGUACAUAGUGACUUUAAGUAUACAGUGCAUGGUGCUGAAAAUGAACAAAGUAGUCACUUAAGCUCCCAGCGUGCUUUGCUUUUGCAAGGUACAGACAGUCUUGCCAGAGCUAGCCAGAGUGUAGACCGUUCUCAAAGGAUAGCAGCAGAGACUGAUCAGAUAGGUUCAGAAAUAAUUGAAGAACUUGGAGAGCAGAGAGAGCAACUGGAACGUUCAAAAGAUAGGCUAAUUAAUACGGGUGAGAAUUUGAGUCGAAGUCGGAAAAUACUUCAUGCCAUGUCCAGAAGGAUUAUGACAAACAAGCUGUUACUGGGCAUUAUUAUUCUUCUGGAAGUGGCAAUUCUUGGAACUGUUGUAUACCUCAAGUUUUUCCACAACCAUUGACUUAAGUCAUGCAUAUAUAGAUUGGCUGCAGUGCCUAGGAUUCAUAGUUGAAGAUGAUUGAAGUACAUGAAAAUCCAUAUACCGAUGAAUAAUUUUUCUUCAUGUAUUCAACCUGCUGAGAGGACUUCAACUACAAGACCCUUCUCAUUACAGGAAUUACUUUUGUCUGAGGUGAAGCAAUUUUAAAUUUGCACUUCAAUUCUUUAAAUGCUACUGCGAAUAACUACAUUGUAGUGAUGUGCACAAACUUUUAAUAAAGUCAUUUGAUAUGUAA